AUGAAGACUACAGAUGAAAAACUUCAGUUCAAGAAUCACCUUUUCAAACUCGGGCAAGGAAGAAUAAUAAAUGAACAUCAAAGAAGUUUUUGGGAAGUUUUUUGGCAGGAGCCAGAUAAUUCGAAUGAUAUUUUUGAAUUGAUUACAGUUUUCGAUAUUAGAAGUAUUCGAGAUCAGAAUAGGGUGAAUUUCGUAUUGUUUCUUAGAGCGCUCAUUACUAAGUUAGUUGAGCUUUCGGAUACCCCAGAAUGGAAUGCUACUGCUAUAAAGGAAUGUUUAAAUUGUAUACGAUUUUUAACGAGACUUGUGCCGUGCCUAUAUGAACAGCAAACAAUAUCUGAGGAACUAGAAGAUGAAAUAUUAUGGAACGAAGAAUUUGAUUACUUAAAAUACUCUCACGGAUCGCCUGAAGAAAAGAAGAAUAUUACAUCUACCGAUCUACUGGAUGUUUUAGGAGUCAAACUCGCGGAAGCACUUGUGAAAUUGCUCUUUCGUAAGGGUUUCACUUCGAUUAUGUCUCUGAAAUCAAAGUCUACAUCUACGGCAAGUAUAUGGGAACCUGGAGUAGGUAUGACUGGAGGAUAUGAACAGCCAAACCCAAUUCUAGAUAGCAACCGAACUGAGGUAUUGAAGUUGAUAAUCACAUUGAGCUCUAGAUCCUUCUAUCAGCUACUGUCUGAAUUAGUUGGUGAGGGAUCGAAAUUCUUGACUAUCUUAGUCACAUCUACAUCAAAGGUAGAGCUUUUAUCAUUAGUAUGUUCUUUGAUUAAUAUGAUUUGCAGAUCUGCGAAGCCGUCUUCCUCCGAGAGUGGGUUAGUUUAUGAUAAUAACAUAGAACUCACUGAAAUGAGGCAUACAUGUGUUACUUAUGCUGUACAGCUUUUGUCACUAAUGGUUAGUUAUCCUUUGCCAUCGUCGACUACUAAGUUCCUAACACAUAUUAAAAUGAACGUUUCUACAAAACCUUGUAACAUGGCUAGGUACUAUGUCGGAAAAUUGCAUAAAGGGACUGAGCUUCUGUUUCUUGCCACAAACUUAAUAAAGAUUCUCAAGAGUCCGUUGCGGAUAUCUGACAGCUCAAAUUUUUUCUCGAAUAAAGGAAGCACAAUACCUUCUUUAUGGAGUCUUGAAGCUACUAUGCUAAUUUGGGAAGUGUUCCAAUGUAACAAAAAGUUUCGGAAAUUAAUCGAGGAAGAGUAUCUUGAUGAAUUAACUAUCAUCCUAUUAUUUUAUAUUUUUACAUAUCAUGAUGUUAAACCACAACGAAACUUGGUCCAAAUCUGUUGCUACUUUAUGUUAUACAUAUCCUCAAAAGCAGAAUGCUUAGACGUUUUAUUUAACCCAGUCAAUCGUGAUUUAUUCCAGUCUUUACCCAUGAAGAUGAAGACUGACAUUUUUCCUAUCACAACAAGAGAUUUUUUGGUAACCAAAGUUUGUCAGCUAUUGGUUGAUAUGGCACCCAUCUCCCAGGCUCCUCCUUCAGAUAAAGUAACAUCAAACUUAUUGAUGAGAUCAUUAGUGGAGAUCUUAUAUAAUAUUGUGACCCCUGUUUCUUCGAAGGUUAUUCAACGCGAGGACGAGCUAUCGAAAAAACUGAUGGAUAGAAAUCCAAGAGGUGGAUUAUCAUACCCUGCAUGCACUGCAUUGGCAACAUUGAUAAGGACAUUUGGAACACGCUCCUUUCUCCUUGAAAGGCCCACUCAUUCUGAUUUUCUAGCAUUAAUAAUCAGGUCUAUCUGCAUAGCUGCCAUGAAAUAUCCUAAAAGUUCAAGAGUUCUCUUGUACUCCAUACUAGAAAACGAAAAGACUUACGACCUUGUGUGGAAUACCAUAUAUAGUUUCGAUUCUGAAUAUUUUAUUGGCAACAACCUAAAGUCAAGGAAUAGUACUAUUGAUGAAGAAAAAGAAUGGGACGAGGAUGAAAAUGUACUUGAAAAGCGUCAUGAGGGAGAUUCAAAGCAUUCAUUUUCAGCUUCCCCUUCUUUAACAAGGGUAGAAUCGUAUAAAUCUGACCACAAUUCUGUUGAUCUAAAUUCUUCUGAUAAUUUAGAGCUCUCCGAAUUAUCUUUCAUUCAAAGUUUAAGCGUUCCAAAUUCUUCUCGUAAUUCGGUAGUUAGCUUUCCUAACAUACCCUCUUCAGAUGAUGAAGUCAAGGAGAAUGAUAUCGAAGUUGAUCCUAUCGAUACGGCUCUUGGAAUGAAGCCUCCUAUCGGAAUGACAGAGAAGGCAAAAGAGAAGCUCCCGAAAGAAGCUCCCCUAAAGCGUUCAUGGGGUGGGAAUGACUCAUUGAGAAUACUCUUGACCAUUUUAAUUCCUCAUUUGAAACUCAUUUUAGAAGAAAAAUGGUCGAGAAGGGGCGGACAAGUUGAACCGUUUGUCAUUGUGAAGUGCAUUGAGGCUCAGGACCUAGAAGGGUUCAUUUUAAAUAAUAAACAACAAAUAGGGAGCUCCCAGUUUAUGCCAAACGUUCCACUUGAGCCUUUAGAAUUCUGUUGGAGUAAAUUGUCACUAGGAUGGUACAUUUCUCUAUUGUACGGUAAUAUUUACAAUUCGAUUGAUAGUAUUAAAUGGUAUAUUGGAAGCAACAAUAGAGUAUUAAAAAACAUUGCUACUUCAUUUGUAUCCAUUAGCAAGUUGACAGGAAGUUGGACGGGUUUCAGUGGUCAAUCACCUAGUGGGAACAAAGUGGAAAUGGAUUGGGUUAAUAAUUCUCUUACAAGUAUUAAUCAUUGGAGACAGACUUCGAUUAGGUUGUUUAAAAUAGAAAACAUGCAAAAUGAAGGUAUUUUUGGUUCCUUUAAAUUAGGUAACCUGCCCGUUCCAGGUGCGACGGGAGGGGUAAACGAUAUGGCAAAUACUAUAGUAAGACGCUUGGGCGACUUCAGAAUGAACGGCAGCAGAGCAAGUAUUAUAUCAAACGGAUCUGCUAUGUCUACUCCCAUCGAAGAACAAGGCCCAUUUUUUUCAAAGAUGCAUAGAGGUUCAACCUCCUCGCUCCAUACACUUAAUAAAUCUAGAAAUAACACUCCUAGGAAUUCUUUUAGUCUGUGA